UGCCAGUUGCCUCUGGUGCAUCAUCCCAGUUCCUCCCUUGUCUGUCUCCGUAACAUGUUGUGCAAGCCAUACACACGAGCUUGACUCCGUCUCAGGCUUUCUGCCGUAUGCGAGCUUUCUAGCCCGUAAUAUCUGCAGAAAGAAUCCUGUAUGAGAGCUUGAAGUUGAUGGCGUACUCGACUGAUUCCUGUUGGCUGAGACCACGGUGAUUGAGCAUCAUAUUGGUUCGGCACGGUCGUUGACAAUGCAAGCCUACUAGGUAGCAUAGCAAUGCAGAGCGACCUCCGUGGACGACGACGUACAACAAUGCUUUACCGGCGCAUGGCCGUCUGGCAUUGUUUAACGUGCGUAUAUAGAAGCGAAGGUGCAGUCCUCUGUUAGCACAUAUUGUGCACGUCCCCCGUCAUGCCCCCAAGACAGCUAUGCUGGCAGCCGACCGAGAUCAUUGAAGACGUACAAGAUCCAGGCCCCAAGAGAGUGUCUUACUGCCUUGCCCCGGAGGUGAUGAACAGGGUCCUGGAUCACCUCUGGACGAACCCACGGGCACUAAAAAUGUGCAGUUUGACGUGCAGCGCCUGGUUCCCGGCAACGCGCCCACAUCUCUUCGAACGCAUCCGCAUCCGGUCGUCACUCUAUUGCACCCUGUUCACAGGCUUCGUUACUUCGUGCAUGCCGAAGCCGAUCUCGUUCCUGCCCUUCGUGCAGGAGAUCAUCCUACAGGAUCUGCCACUCCGCGAUGUUGACACGGACCACACCAUACGCGCGUUCCGGGGACUCCCCAACGUUCGGACUCUCACCCUUGCCUAUUGGACUGCCGUGGACCUCCCUGCGGCCUUCAUGGACGCCCUGGUCUACUGUUUUCCGAACGUGACAUGCCUGAAGCUGGAGGAAUGCGAUAUCAAGGACCCGGAACAGUUCGUCCAGCUAUUCUGUGGCUUUCCGAAGCUGUCGAGCAUACAUGUCGGCGAUCCGGGCUUGCUGUGUCGCACCCAGACACUGUGGAUUGGUUUCGACAGACCUGCGAUGGAGCCGAUGCGCGCGCUCGUGCAUCCGAGGAGCCUCGACAGGCGGACGCCUCUCCCUGACUUGGUCAUCGACCGGCUCGACCUACUGAUGAGCAGACAAGCUCUUCGACUCGCGGCGGUGCUUUGCCAACCGCGCUUCAUACUGCGCUUGCGGCACCUGCGCGUCAACUGGUGUUGCCGUCGCAUCAGUCCGCUGUUCCAUAUGCUGGACAAUGUCGUCGGGAGCUCUCUGGAGGAGAUCGCCCUAUCGGUAGAUGGCGCUGGUACUGGUGAUGUACAGAAGGACCUCUGUCAUGUCAUUGAGAAGCUCGAAGUCACCAACGUGCGGUCACUCACCAUCGGCCAGACGGAUCUCCCGUACAACCUGGAUCCAAGCACACUCGAAUGGGUACCAGUCCUCGUGAGGCACGUCAUCAAGAGGUCCCGCCACCGUAUCGCCCUGCGCGUAUAUCUCCGCUUCCCAUGGAGCCCCGACGGUUUAUAUCGAUUCCCCUGGGACGAGCUCGACCAACUGCUUUGCGCGCUCCCCGCACGCUACAUGGGGUUGGGAAUUGACGUGCGCAUACGCUUCUGGUUCUCCCACGCGUACUGGCUGACGGACGAGGGUGCGUCUGUGCUGUACGGAUUCAUACUGAACCGUUUUCAUCUCUCGAGGUGCGUCGUGCACUACAUGUUCGAGCACAGUUCCCGGCCGGACCGAGAGGAUAGUAUGGAGUACUUUAUGACCUUGGGUUAGUAGCAGGCCGGGUGACUCUGGGACGUAAGCCUGCUGCUCAUGAGGCUGUUCGUCGCGUCCUCAUAGUAUCGCCGCUGUCAUAGCUCUCAACUUACCGGUGAUAUGCAAAUGUAUGAUAGGCUCGUAGCGAUGUACUGUGUAAACCGUUAUGUUGCCGCAUGAUAACUUCUCAGGGUUGACAGCAAGUGGACGAUUCCAUUCGAUGUCCGAGUCCAUCCCAAAGGAGCAAUUGCACCGCAAAUGUCCACGUUAGUACGGGCUAUACUGUAAGUGUAACGCCUCACAAUGGUUGUCAGGUACGUUCGAUGUGCAGUACUCCUUGUACACAGUAUGUACACCUUCCACUGUACCCCAUCUGCGUACGAUCAA